CGGACGGAGUGGGUUUUUCGCCGCGUCCGCCCUCCCCCCUUUCGGGUGGAUUUGAGAGAAAUGAGUGAGAGGAGGCGAUCUGCCGCAGCUCUGAGCUCUAGAGCCCACGCUUUUUCCGUGGAAGCCCUGAUCGGCUCCAACAAGAAGAGGAAGCUCCGGGGCUGGGAGGAGAAGGAACUGGAGCUGUCCAUGGAGAGCCUCGCCGCGGACGGAGAGGACCCGGCGCACUGUCUGGAUAUGGACCCGGACUCGGAGGCGAGCCCCGGCUCGGACGGAGAGGGUCUGGCCGAGAGGACGUCGUGCUCCUUUGGCUCACCUGCCGACCUGGCCCCCGGCCCCUGCGAACCGUCGCCCCCGGCCUCCAUGGAGGAGAUCCAGGUGGAGCUGCAGUGCGCGGACCUGUGGAAGCGCUUCCACGACAUCGGCACGGAGAUGAUCAUCACCAAGGCGGGCAGGAGGAUGUUUCCUGCCAUGCGGGUGAAGAUCGCAGGCCUGGACCCUCAUCAGCAGUAUUACAUCGCCAUGGACAUCGUGCCCGUGGACAACAAGAGAUACAGGUAUGUGUACCACAGCUCUAAGUGGAUGGUGGCAGGAAACGCUGACUCCCCGGUGCCUCCGCGGGUCUACAUCCACCCGGACUCCCUGGCCUCGGGAGACACCUGGAUGAGACAGGUGGUCAGCUUUGACAAGCUCAAACUCACCAACAACGAGCUGGACGACCAGGGACACAUCAUCCUCCACUCCAUGCACAAGUAUCAGCCUCGUGUCCACGUCAUCAGGAAGGACUUCAGCAGCGAACUGUCUCCAAACAAGCCCGUGCCCAGCGGGGAGGGAGUGAAGACCUUCAGCUUCCCCGAGACCGUCUUCACCACUGUCACCGCCUACCAGAACCAACAGAUCACCAGACUAAAGAUCGACCGCAACCCGUUUGCCAAAGGUUUCCGGGACUCUGGCAGAAACAGGACCGGCCUGGAGGCGAUCAUGGAGACUUAUGCUUUCUGGAGACCCCCUGUGAGGACCCUUACGUUUGAAGACUUCACCAACAUGCAGAAACAGCAGGGUGGAAGCACAGGCACUUCGCCCACCACCUCCAGCACAGGAACCCCCUCCCCUUCUGGUGCGGCACACCUCCUGUCCCCCUCCUGUUCCCCUCCGACCUUCCACCUUGCUCCCAACACCUUCAACAUGGGCUGCAGGGAAAGUCAGCUUUGCAACCUGGGCCUGUCCGAGUACCCAGCCUGCGCUCGCAGCAACAUGGCGGCCCUGCAGGGCUACGGCGGCCUAGCCGACAGUUCCUAUGGACGCCUCCAGACUGCCGGAGGCGCUGUGGCCUCUGCUCAGCCCUCUGAAUCCUUCCUGCCACAGAGGACUUCCUCCUUGAUUGCUGCUGGCAUGCAGGGUAGUACUCAUGCAUCCCUGACCGGUGGCGGUAGUGGCAGCGGCACCGGAGGCAAGAUGGAUGCCUACAGCGGGCAGCUCGGCUCCUUCCCAGCCUCGCAGCUUCAGUACGUGAUGCAGGCCGGAGGUGGCUCCAGCUCUGCCUCUUCCUCCUCAUCCGGAUCCUCCCCUUCCUCCGCCCAUAUGUUCAGCGGGAGCCACCACCACGUGCAGCAGGGUUCCUACAAUGCUUUCUCCCUCCACAACCCCUACAACCUGUACGGAUACAACUUCCCCACCUCUCCUCGCCUGGCCGCCAGCCCUGAGAAGCCCCAGGGAGGUUUGCUCUGCUCCUCCUCCCCCGCCGGGGCCUUCGCUGAGCGCCAGUACCUGUCCAACGGAAGCAUGGAGACUAUGCACAUGAUUAGCAACACCACCAGUGGCCAGCAGGGGAGCACCUCCUGUGACGGUCGUCAAUAUGGCUCCUCUUCUCAGAUGUCUAUGCACAUGGUGUAGAAACCGAGAUCAAACCUCACAGUCUUCCAUGUUUUUGAAGUCUUUCAGCUGAAACGGAAAUCUGUAAUCUAUGAACCUGAACUGCCGUUCCUACAUGAAAUGUUAAUGUACCGAGGUACAAAAACCUUUCAGAAAAGGAUGUCAUCUCAUGUUUUUGUUUUUAAAAGAUGCUCCACCCCUUACAAAGCAAUAAGGAGGGAGUCAACGUAUUAUUAAAUUAUCUAUGUAGUAAUAAAGUAAAAAAUUGGGACAGCAACUUGACUCUCUUGCUGUUUCUGACAGGAAAGAAACAACAAACUCAGACCAGUGUGAGGAGGAGGAGGAGGAGGAGGAGCCCACAUGCUCUGGUUCAGAAGGGAUUAUCAGUUGUGUAUAUGUAGUGGUGCAAUCAUAGCAAUAGCCUCUUCCAGUGACUCAUUCUUGAUUUUUGGGGACUCAAAGGCCAUGACAUCUUGUAACCAAAGAGUCUUCAAUGUGAUCCAGAAGUUUUUACUUCACGCAGCACUUGUGUUGUAUCGUUUCAGAAAUGUCAAGGGGUCAGUGGUUCACCGUCAUGGUCUGAAGUUUUGGCUAGAAUGAAAGGGACAACUGGACAAGAUCACCGAGUGACUCACUGCUCUACAUAUAUAUGCAGGAGUAUGUGCAGCGAAGUAUCUGGGCACUGUAGCGGCCGGUUGAUGUGCCAGACAGGGUGAAUACAACACAUGGACGCAGUAAGUCAAAGGACUGUAGGUCAGGUCCACUGAGGAACUCUCUUCAUCCUGAAAACCUCCCGGCGGGCGUGUACAUGAGAGUUCAGGACUCUACCACACAACUUCAACCUGUUUUCCUCAUAGACUGGAAUGGCUUCACGAUUUUUGAGUGGAUAAUGUUUUCAAGCAUAUAUAUAUAAAUAAGAUGGCAAAUGCAAUCGAUAAGCUUAAAGGUUGUUGUGUGAAAAGUUAUAAAAGAAGAAAUAGCGAAACAGAGUAAUUAAAGUAUGAUUUGGUGUGUUGUAGAGAUGUGUAUUUAAGUGCUGAGCAAUAUAACAAUUUUACGGGCCGAUCUGUUAUAAAAAUGUGUGAAAAAAGGGAAAUAGCAAAAAAAAAUUUUUUUUGAGGCAUUUUAAAAAAAUGUAAAUACAGGUGCCAAGCACAUAAA